UUGCUUCCUUACGGUAGUAUGGUGACUCGUUCUCAAGAAGACUUUGCAAGAAAACUUCGCAGUCUUUAUUCAUUCUGGGAAGCGGAAGGUUCGGGUGGCUUGCAUAGUUCAGAGGUUUUAGCUGUUGCCUCUGGGAAAACGGAGCAAGACGAAGUAACUGGUUAUUCUCGUUCGUUAUCUUUGUUCGUCUGGCUUUUUGGAGAAGAGAUUCAGGAAACUGUUUUAUUUUUCCGCAAAGAACAACUAAAUGUGAUUACGAACACGGAGAAUUGUACUGCUUUGAGAAACCUGUCAAAGAACCUCACAGACGUGCCCACACUCACUUUCUUUGAGUUCUCGCAGGAGUCAGAGAUUGAAUCGACUUUUCAAAAAGCUGUAGAAACAAUAUUUGGGGGAAAAGAUACAAAGUGUGUACUUGGAGUCGUAAGGAAGGACCCUCAAAAAGGAAAGCUUUGCGAGUUAUUCGACAAGUACAUAAAUAGAGGCCCUCCUCUUGAAACCGUAGUAGUAAAUGAUGAUAUUGCUACCUUAUUGCAAGUCAAAGACAAGGAAGAACUAAAUCGUAUGAAAACUGCAGCAACGGUCACGACAACUAUUUUUAACAAGUUCCUGAUCCCGCGUAUUGAAAAUAUAUUAGACGAAGGGAAGAAGGUUUCACACGAGAAACUAUCAGAACAGGUUGAAGAAUAUAUGUUUUCUCCUGAGAAACUUAACCUCAAGAUAGACUCUAACUUGUGCGAUGCUUGUUAUCCUCCUAUUAUUCAAAGUGGCGGCAGUUAUGACCUAAGACCUAGUGCUCAAAGUGACCGAAAUAUGCUUUCACCUGAUUGCAUUAUUUGUUCUAUUGGAGCUAGAUAUGGAAGCUAUUGCUCUAAUGUUACGCGUACCUUUUUAGUGGACCCGACAAAUGAGCGAAGUGAAAACUACGGUAUUCUUCUUAAUGUCCUUGCCAAAGCAGUUGAAUAUCUUCGUCCCGGAGUCAAGCUUCGUACUGUUUAUGAGGAGGUAUUGAAUGAGUUGAAGCGACAGAAGUCAGGUUUGGAGCAACACUUGACAAAAAAUAUUGGUUUUGGGACAGGCAUAGAAUUUCGUGAUUCCUCUCUACUAAUUUCUCCAAAGAAUGAAAGAGAAGUGAAGCCUAAUAUGGUUUUUAACCUCUCAAUCGGACUGCAGCAACUUAAUGAUUCUAUUGGUAAUUAUGCCCUGCAAGUGGCGGACACUGUCAUUGUAGUCGAGGAUGACCUUUCAAUAUUGACGGAUAAAGUUGCAAAAGAUUUGAAGGAAAUUACUUAUUUCCUCGAAGGAGAAGAGGACGAGGAAGCAGAUAGAGAAAUAUCGCGACAAUAUUUGGAUGAUAUGAAUGUUGCUCAGAGUACUUCAUUAAGGAGAAGAAAUAGAGGUGCUGGUGAAAUAGAAGAAAACUUUGUUGAGGACGAAGAAAAGAGAAAGAAACAUCAACAAGAACUUGCCCAGCGAAAGUUACAAGAAGCACAACAAAGGUUGUCUGGAAAUGGUUCAAAGGACCGUGACUCGUCACAACCGUCAGGAGUGAAAGCUGCUGAUGAGUAUGCAGCAUAUAAAGAUGCAUCACUUCUGCCACCACUAAGACCGCGUCAGAUUUUUGUGGAUAUGGAUGCGGAAGCCUUGAUUGUACCAAUUAAUGGGAUGGCAGUUCCAUUCCAUGUUGCCACUAUUAAAAACGCCAGUAAGAGUGAUGAAGGCCAUUUUACAUAUCUUCGAAUCAAUUUUCACGUUCCUGUUAGCAUUGGACCUCAAAAUCGAAGUAAUAAUGUUGCAAAAGUCCCGAACUUGGAAAAGGACUUUAUAAAAGAGCUCAGUUUUCGGAGUACUAGUCCCGUCAAUUUGAAUGAAUGUCUAAGAAAGAUAAAGGAGUUGAGGAAGCGAUUUAUUUCUCGAGAAGUCGCAGAACGUGAGAAGGAAAGCCUUGUUGAACAAGAAGCUUUAAUUCUAGACAAAGGAAGAGUCCCUCAAUUGGUGGAUGUUUCGAUAAGACCCUUUGCAGGAAAGGGAAAGUUGAAUUCCGGUAUCUUGGAGGCACAUUCCAAUGGCUUUCGAUACAAAGCAAAGACUGGUUUUGUGGUGGAUAUUUUGUAUCGAAACAUUAAGCAUGCAUUUUUCCAAGAAGCCAAGAGCGAGAUCAUUGUGGUUUUGCACUUUCACUUAAAGCAUGCUAUUAUGGUCGGAGGGAAGAAGUCACAAGAUGUUCAGUUCUACACAGAGGUGAUGGAGGGUGCUAUUAAACUUUCCAACAGUCGUCGAAGAAACUUUGACCAAGAAGAAGUUGAAGAGGAACAACGUGAAAGAGAAAUGCGUAACAAAAUUAAUCGUGCUUUUUAUCGUUUUGUGAAAGAAGUAGAGAAUGGCAAUGCAAUAGAAUUUGAUAUUCCCUAUCGUGAACUUUGUUUUUCUGGUGCUCCAGCCACUGCAACCUUGACACUUGUACCUACGCUACAUUGUAUAGUAGACUUGAUUGACUGGCCUCCGUUUAUUCUUUCGCUCCCUGAUGUUGAAAUUGCAUGCUUUGAGAGAGUCGAUUUCUCGUUGAAGAGCUUUGAUAUUGUGUUUAUUUACAAGAACUUUGAAACGGAACCAGAAGUGAAAAAAUGCUUUGUUAGAAUCUCAUCCAUUCCAAAGGAAGAGUUGAAAUCAUUACAGAGCUUUUUGGAUGAGCAAGAUAUAAAAUACUAUGAAAGUCGAGUUAGUCUCAACUGGACUGAUGUUUUAAAGUCUAUUCGAUCAGAUUUGCCUGUUUUCUAUGAGGAAGGUGGUUGGGAGUUUUUGAAUCCUGAUUCUUCCGAAGAGGGCUCAGGCAAUGAAGAGGAAGCUGCUUCGAGUGAAGCUUCAUAUAAUCCGUCGGAUAGUGAGUCUGAGGAUGAUUCCGACGAGUAUGAACCAGAUGAAGAAGUGGAUACCAAAGAACUUGAAGGAAGUUCUGGUGGAGAAGCCGAAUUGAGUUCGGAAGAAGAAGGGUUAGAUUGGGAUGAAAUGGAAAGACGAGCAGCUGAAGAAGACAAAGAAAAGCGUCGCUAUCCCGAAGAUGACAGAGAGAAUAGCCAAUCGCGCAAGCGGUCACGUCGUUGAUGAAAACUUACUAAUAAACGAAUCGUUUGAAUU